AUGGCCAUUGACGAGAUGUGGUACCUGCCUUACGAAGGCCAUGGGAUAACGGUAAGCUACAAUAGUCGCAUCGUUUAUAUCUUUCACUUCAGUUAUAUCUUUAUUUUCUUAUUGGCAUGGGUCGCAAUUACGGGACGAGGGCCAACAGAACGACCAUUCUUGAAAACACAUAUUGGGGUUUACUUUCUCUCCUUGAUGACAGCAGACCUUUCGCAAGCCAUCGGGGGGAUCAUGAACAUUAGAUGGGUAGCCGCUCGGCACGUUUCAAUUGGCCGAUUCUGCACUGCCCAAGCAGCUAUUAAACAAUUCGCCAAUGUUGGAGCGGCCUUGUGGUCGAUCAUAAUUGCGAUCCAUACGUUUAGAUUGUUGUUUUUCAAUGCUCAUACCAGUAACUUUAUGUGUUUUGCUACUUUGGUAGUGAUCUGGGGCGGUAUUAUUACGGUCGUAGCUGCUGGUCCUACAGUAAUCCAAACUCCGUCGAAAGGGGACUACUUUGGAAUAACAGACCUUCAAAAGAUGUUCAUAUCCGCUGGCGUCUCGCUUAUCGUCUAUACAUUGGUAUUUUUCCGGUUACGGGGCAACCUCGUCGCUGAGGGAUACAAGAUCAAAGCUCUCAGUGUGAGCUCAUCCCGUGCUUGGAAUCUUGAAGCAGGCCGUGCUGUCAUGGAAUCAAAUACCAUGUCCGUGGCUUGGCAAUUGAUGUGGUACCCAGUAUCCUAUACAUUUACAAUUCUCCCAAUAACUGUUUCUCGUUGGGUCGAGUUCUCAGGCACAACAGUUCCUUUUGAGGCAAAGAUGUUCUCUUCCGUUGUUUUCAUGCUCUCGGGCUUCAUUAACACACUUUUAUUCCUUGCUACUAGAAGAGUCCUCCCCCCAAUCAAAUUGCGUCGCAAAUCUACGUCGGGGACAUCUAGCGCACACCCAGGGAUUAGUAUCAAGAUCAGCGUACACGCAACGCGUACACAACAAAUUUCCUCAGCGAAUGGCGAUCCAUCCUACAUCAUUGCUCUCCCUUCACCUAAUUUCUCUCAUACUGAGAACCAGGCAUAUGAACUUGACGAUUGCUCUCGUCUUCCGGUUGUUCCGGAGAAGGCCGAAUCACGUAUGUCUGGAGAAAGUACUGGAAUCAGUGUUGGGACAGGAAAAAAUGAUUACGAUAUUGAGGAUGGUUUGGACCAACAUACGAUACCACGGCCAUUAUGA